AAACACCAUUUAAAUGAAAGUGGGAGUGUACAGUCGCUCUGCAUUUAACACAGCACAGAGGCAGACGCAUCACUCCAAACUACUACGAGAAACUACGAGUCAUUUUCUCACAAGAAGGUGUUCAGAAACGACGGCUAGGCUCGAACCAUGUGUGGGAUCUUUGCCUACCUGAAUUAUUGUGUGCCUCGCACCAGAAAGGAGAUAUUUGAGACCCUAGUGAAGGGACUGCAGAGGCUGGAGUACAGAGGGUACGAUUCAGCAGGUAUUGCAGUGGACGGGUCCAACAAGACAACCACUGACAGCAUCAAAAAUGCUAUCUGCUUAAUAAAGAAGAAGGGAAAGGUUAAGAAUCUGGAUGAGGAGCUUUACAAGAAAGACUCACUGGACCUGGACGAGCAGUUGGGCACACACUUUGGUCUGGCUCACACUCGCUGGGCCACACAUGGAGAGCCAAGCGCCGUCAACAGCCACCCUCAUCGCUCCGACAAGGACAAUGAGUUUGUUGUCAUCCACAACGGCAUCAUCACCAACUACAAGGAGCUGAAGGAGUACCUCAUCAUCAAAGGAUAUGAGUUCGAGUCAGAGACGGACACAGAGGUGAUCCCGAAGCUGAUCAAAUAUGUUUACGACAACCGAGAGAGUGACAGUGUCUCUUUCGGCAAGCUGGUAGAGAGAGUCAUUCAGCAGCUGGAGGGCGCCUUCGCUCUGGUGUUUAAAAGUCGUCAUUUCCCAGGAGAGGCUGUGGCCACCAGGAGAGGAAGUCCGUUGCUCAUUGGUGUGCGAAGCGAGCAGGUGCUGCUGACCGAAAACAUCCCAAUCCAGUACAACAGUGUCCAUGAGAAGAACAGCCGUAACCGCUCUGAUUCUGUCAACUCCAUCAACUCUGUGGGAGAUGGCAGCGCCGUAGAGUAUUACUUUGCCUCUGACGCCAGUGCCAUCAUUGAACACACCAAAAAGGUGCUGUACAUGGAGGACGAUGACAUCGCUGUGGUGACCGGUGGGAAACUGUCCAUCCACAGGAUCAACAGGAAACAUGGGGAAGAUCCAGUGAGGGCAAUCCAGACACUGCAGAUGGAGCUGCAACAAAUCAUGAAAGGUAACUUUGAUGCCUUCAUGCAGAAGGAGAUCUUCGAGCAGCCGGAGUCAGUAUUUAACACCAUGAGAGGCCGGAUAUGUUUCGAUACCAACACAGUGGUUCUCGGCGGGCUGAAGGACCACCUGAAGGAAAUCAAGCGCUGCAGGCGGCUCAUCGUGAUCGGUUGUGGCACCAGCUUCCACGCUGCAGUGGCUACAAGACAGAUCCUGGAGGAGCUGACGGAGGUGCCUGUCAUGGUGGAGCUGUCGAGUGACUUUCUCGAUCGCAACACGCCCGUUUUCAGAGACGAUGUUUGCUUCUUCAUCAGCCAAUCAGGCGAGACAGCAGACACCUUGAUGGCAUUACGCUACUGCAAGGAACAUGGUGCCCUGACAGUCGGUAUAACAAACACUGUAGGCAGCUCCAUUUCUAGAGAUACAGACUGUGGAGUCCACAUCAACGCCGGGCCUGAGAUCGGAGUGGCUAGCACCAAGGCCUACACCAGUCAGUUUGUGUCCCUCGUCAUGUUUUCUCUGAUGAUGAGCGAGGACAGGCUCUCCCUGCAGACCAGGAGACUGGAGAUCAUCAACGGCCUGAGGAUGUUACCAGAGCUGAUCAAGAAGGUGUUGGCGCUAGAUGAGAAGAUCAAGGCCAUUGCCAACGAAAUGUAUCAGCAAAGGUCUCUUCUGGUUAUGGGCCGAGGUUUCAACUAUGCCACCUGCCUAGAGGGGGCGCUGAAAAUUAAGGAGAUCACUUACAUGCACUCUGAGGGAAUCCUUGCCGGAGAGCUGAAGCACGGUCCUCUGGCCCUGAUAGACAAAGACAUGCCAGUCAUCAUGAUCAUCAUGAAAGACGCCUGCUACACAAAGUGCCAGAACGCUCUGCAACAAGUCACCGCCAGAUCGGGUCGGCCCAUCAUCAUCUGUAGCCAGGACGACCCUGAGAUUGUUAAGAAUGCCUACCAGACCAUCGAGCUGCCGCAUGUCGUUGACUGUCUGCAGGGCAUCCUCAGUGUCAUCCCCCUGCAGCUGCUGUCCUUCCACUUGGCUGUCCUGAGAGGAUAUGACGUUGACUUUCCCAGAAACUUGGCCAAGUCUGUGACCGUAGAAUAAUUCACAAAGCACAGCAGAGGAGGAAGGAGGCUAAAAGAUUUACAGUGCAAUUGAAUGUUCUUUAUGUUGUGUGUGUGUGUGUGUGUGCGUGUGUGUGCGUGUGUGCGUGUGUGUGCGUGUGCGUGUGUGUGUGUGUGUGUGUGUGUGUGUGUGCGUGUGUGUGCGUGUGUGUGUAUGUCUGUAUGAGAUGAGUAUAGGGGUUUUUAUGUGUCUUCUUUUUUAAAUAGAAAUGUGAAGUCCAACCAAUACAUUGCUGAGGAAGUGCCAGUGCCAUGGUGGCCUUGUGUAACAAUCUAUGAAGAAUCAUCCAAAGUAUCAUGCUGUGCCUUUUGUCUUGUCUUCAGUUGAGCCAAAAACACACAACAGGCGAGACAGAAAAGUAAUUAUAUUGUAUAUUGAAGUGUUUACAGUUGUGCAAUAUGGGGACCGAAGUGCUUUAUUUAUGUCCACAGUCAUCAGUAAUUAUCUUCCUGUCUUAAUUAUGUCUUACAUCUACUGGGUCUUUUUUUUUUUUUACCUCUCUUUAUAUUAUGGGAAAUGUAGGAGUGAAAAAGUUUUAUUCUAAAGACUUCUGAAAUCAUGCAAAUCUUAUUUUUUAUUUUACUGCCCAUCCAUGCCUACACUGUGCCUCACUAAAACAUGUUUUAACUACACCAUGACUUCUAUUCAUUUUUAGUGAAAACUACCAGAAGAAUUUCCUCAAUUUAUUUUCACAACCAUUACUUGAUCAUUUUGAUACGUUUUUGAUUUAUUUUAUUGAUAAUUCAUUUUUGUUCACAAAAAUAUAUUAUUUGUAUUCUGUUUAACAGAGCUGCAGUUUCCAAAGACAGGUCAUGGUAGAUCGUGAACCUUUUCUUGACCUUCUUGACAUUGGUCUUUAUUUGUCAUAAGUUGUAAUCCAUACACAUACAUGACAAGAAAGAGCACUUAUGCAGCAAUGAUUCUUACAGUGACUUUCGUCAAAAAAUAUGUUUUGUCAGCCAUUUGUAGGGGUUUAUGACAAUGGUAAUCUAUAUUUAUCUUAUUUGUAUUUAAUAGGGGUUCAAAGAGGGUUUGAUUCAUAUCUUUAACUGUGAUUGUAUUUUAUACUGUUUGUUUUUUAGACAUAAACAGGCACUAUCAAUCAAUAAAUAGAUAAAUAAUUA